AUUGCCGAACUGAUUCAGUGACGUCAUGCUGAAGCAGAAGAGAUAAGACAGCAAAAAAAGUGAAGUUCUGUUUUCUAAUAUAUCCGCAUUUCGUAUAGAUAUCUUUGUUUGCUACGUGAUUUCGAAAAAUGUCGUACGCAUACCUUUUCAAGUACAUCAUUAUUGGAGAUACAGGGGUUGGGAAAUCUUGUCUACUUCUGCAGUUUACGGAUAAGAGAUUCCAGCCUGUUCAUGAUUUAACAAUAGGUGUUGAGUUUGGAGCCCGUAUGAUAACAAUUGAUGGGAAGCCAAUCAAACUUCAAAUUUGGGAUACUGCAGGUCAAGAAGCAUUUCGUUCUAUUACACGAUCAUAUUAUCGUGGAGCAGCAGGAGCUUUAUUAGUAUAUGAUAUUACACGUAGAGAAACAUUUAAUCAUUUGACCACUUGGUUAGAGGAUGCAAGACAACAUUCAAAUUCUAAUAUGGUGAUCAUGUUAAUUGGUAAUAAGAGUGAUCUGGAUAAUAGAAGAGAAGUGAGGAGAGAAGAAGGUGAAGCUUUUGCAAGAGAACAUGGACUUGUUUUUAUGGAAACCAGUGCAAAGACAGCAAUCAAUGUAGAAGAUGCAUUUAUCAAUACAGCAAAAGUAAUUUAUGAAAAAAUUCAAGAAGGUGUAUUUGAUAUAAAUAAUGAGGCAAAUGGUAUCAAGAUUGGACCACAACAUUCACCGACAAGUCCUAGUGGAUUAGCGGGUACUGGUGGUCAAGGAAACACGCAAGGUGGUGGAUGCUGCUAGGGGCUGGGGGUUGCCUGUCCACCGCUUAAUCCUUCUCCAAUUUAAAUUGAUCUUUUCACUCCUGCUCCACAUUUUAUUCUCAACCAAUUACAUUGUAUAUUUUUUUGCGCGUGUCGCAUCAUGAGGUAACAAGUGACUCUAUUGGUGUAUUUAUUAUUUAAAAAAAAUAACAUAUACAUACGUACUAAAUAGAAAUAUUAUAAGGGAAAAUGUUAUAUAUUGCUUACAUCAUGAAACCUAAUAAACUUUUAAUUUACAGAUUCUGGCUGAUGUAAAUUUAUUAGUUUCAAAUAUGUUCGUUACAUGCUUUCUGUACUUAAUUCCUUUGUAGCAGUAUAGUAAUAUUAGUUCUUAAAUUACAUCUAUAAAAUAUUAGAUGCUUUUCAUAUACAUAUACAGAUAAUGUUAUUUUUAAUGUGCUAGAAAGAAGUUAAUGUUAUUUUAUUAAUGCAGUGCUACAUUAGAUUUUUAUUCAUUUACAUUUAAAAUUACUUAAUUUUAAUUGUAAUAUACGAAAAAACUGAGAAAGAAAUUAAUUACUAUUGGACAUUGAUAAAGCGGGAGAGGAUAGGCACUUCUAUUUAAUGUUUUGUAUUUGUUCACAUUGUAUAUUGUAUGUAUUGUGCACUGAUCUUAGAAUCAUAUUUAAUUUAAUAAUGAAUCAUAAUUGAUAUACAUAUAUAAAUCAAAGUGAUUUGUCAAAAAUAUGAUUUACACUUGACUACCUAACGCGACACCAUGUAUAUGUAUGUAUCAAUGUAUGAAAUGACGAAUAUAUAAAAACAUAUAAAUCAA